GAUGCUAGCGGGACUGAAAUGUUUUCAAUGGCAACACUGCCUGUGCCUCCACUGCCUGUACUGCAGUGACCAGGGACGCUAUAUAAUAGUCUCCUUGGCUGUGAAGGACACCGUGACCUCGAGGAAUCCAAACUACCGUCACCAUGAGCUCCAAGCAUCUUAGUACCGGUUCAACAUGUCCACCACCAGUGGCUGGACUUAUGCGUUGCUACAGCAUGAAGUAUUGUCCUUACGCCCAACGUGCCCGCAUUAUCCUGGAAUUAAAAAAAGUAAAACAUGAAAUAGUGAACAUUCAUCUCAGACAAAAGCCUGAGUGGCUUUUUGAAAAGAGUCCCUUGGGCAAAGUACCAUCUCUUGAGCUCGAUGGCCAGGCAUUGAUCGAGUCCCUGGUGAUCUGUGAUUACUUAGAUGAGGCGUAUCCCGAGCCUCCACUGUACCCCGCUGACCCAUGGAGCAAAGGCCAGGACAGGAUGUUCUUAGAACUGUUUGGCAAGGUAACCUCAGUACUAUACAAAGUUUAUUUUGCAAGAGGUGAUGAACAAGUAUUGAAGCAGGGCUUUGAUGAUAUCAAAGCUGGCAUGGACAUCUUUGAAGCAGAAUUGAGAAAGAGAAACACAAGGUACUUUGGUGGAGAAAAGCCAGGAAUGCUGGACUACAUGAUCUGGCCAUGGAUGGAGAGGAUUCCUGUUGCUCAGAAAUUUGCAUCUGAUGUCAUUGGUCACCUUCCUGAUGACAGAUUUUCAAAAUUGCUUGCUUGGAUGGAAGAUAUGAAGAAGGACCCUGCCGUUAAAGCCACCUAUAUUUCACCUGAAACACAUUACAAGUACCUCCAGACCAGCCUCGCUGGUUCCCCAGACUAUGAUAUGCCAGAGUAAUGUGGUAGAUAACUGUUGAGAAUUUUGUGUGAGUGGUAUAGAAUGUACAUGUUAUGCAGCAUUCAGUAUUUGUUUUUAUAAAAGCUGACCUUCCUGCAUGGAUGUAUGUUUGACUGGAGAAUAAAGUCAUCUCUUUAGAAAA